CCAAGUAAACCAGUCAACCUCACUCUCCUCCUGUACUCCCACUCCUCACUCUCCUUUGUUUUUACAAAAACCCUAGAAAAUGAAGCGGCAGUUCUUGUUACCCUUGCUUAAACUCUUUUCUCUUAAUCAAAAUCCAACUCUUUCCUCCCUAAAAUCUAUCACGUUGAGAUCACCAUGUUCAGUAUUCUUCUUGAAAAUCAGUACUGCAUACGAAGCUUCUUGUCGAAAGAAAUUUAGUGAAGAAGUUAUUAUAUCAUCAAGAUUCAAGAUCAUCCUGUCAGGUUGAUAUAUACAACUCAGAAAUUGAUCUUUCCGGCUCAUGUAUUUCUCUGAAGGCUGGAAAGCGUACUUCCCUGUCGGCUUUGUCCCUUGUCCGCCCCUUCUUUUACCUGAAUCUGAAGUAAAAUCUACAGUCGGUCCGCUUCUAUUUAGCCCUUCUCCUGGAACCCGAAGAACAGUAUCUCCAUCUCCAUCUACUACUCAAGUUAAGUCUGAUGAUUUCUCUGCUGACAACAAUCUCGGUUUUAUCAAAUGCCCUGACAAUGAUAUAUUGGUUUUCUUCCCUACUGGGGAUAAACUCCAGACACUUGGGUAUGCUAAAUUGUCUUUAAAAGUAGAUGGAGAACCACCAAUGUAUGGUAAAUCAGAAUGUGAGUUCAAAAACGGUGUAAUUGUCAAGAUUAUGGUUAAUUCAGAUUGGAAGCCUGCUGAUUUUGUUUCUCACAAGUAUCUUCCACCACCACCUUCUGUUGUUACUCCAGGUUAUUUUUCAGCUUGUACAACCCACUCUGUCCAUUGGUUUAGGAUUGACUGGGCUGAUAAACAACAUGUAUUGGUUAACUUGGGUUCCGAGCAGUUCUCUGCUUCUGUUAUUCAUGCUUGUUGGGGACCACUUGUGAAAUAUGAAAGUCUUGUUUUGUUGGAUAGUGGUGAACUUAUCAUAUUUAACUGUAAAAAAUCUCCUAAAAGAACUAGUUUAGAUGUUGAAUGGAAGGAUUCAGAUUCGGGUACAUUAACUUCAGAUACAAGAUGGUUGAGUUGUGAAUUUGGUUCGCAUCCUCGGAUUUUUGUUAUUGCUUGUUCAGAUGUUGUUUACCAAGUUGAUGGGAGGUUUCAUGACAAGUAUAUUGCAAGUGUUGUAGCAAAGAUCGAGUUGUUUGCUGACUUGCAAUCAGCAGCCGACACGCACGAGCCUGACGAAUUCGUUACAUUUUGUAGAGCGGGUUCUGGAGGUUUCAGUUUCAGCCUGACGAAUUCGUUACAUUGUGUUACAAUGGUGUCACCAUCAUGAACAUAUACCAACUUAUAUGCAGGUGUUCGAACUUUCUGAAUUAAGGUCCAAGGCAGAACGUGACAAAUAUCAAUGGGCCACUCAAUCUGGCUUUGCCAUUUUGCUGGGGUCAUUUUUAGAUGAUGACUUUAGUUUUUUCUUCUAUGGGCCUCCUGUGCCAGCUCCACCUAAAUCAGUGGCUUCUAUAGUUGCAGAUUUAUGCCACACCUUAUAUGCAUGGGGGCAUUCUGCGUAUCUAUCUUUGUCCGGUUCCCAAUGCUAUAGUGGUGAUUGCCUCAUACAAGAGGAGUUAUCAAAUGCAAGGCGUCCUAAGAGAAAAAUCACGGGCUUCUGCGUCAUACUGAAGAUCUCUUAAACAUCCAUCUUGAACGUGGUGUUGGCUGCAGUUUUGGACUCAUUAGGUUGUUGCCCUCUGGGAAGAUUGAGUCACAGAUGUACAAUGCUUCUUGGGAGUUUGACGAACCAUCUGCAAUAGAGCAUUUGGAACCAGCUGAAUCACCGGAUGAAGACUUUCGUAUGGAUCAUACUUGUAAGAAAAAAAAGUAUUUGGAACUUGAUUAUCUCCUUCCUUAUUUACAUGGUGAUCUUCUUGCAAAGUCAUGAAGGAGGGGGCUGGUUGUUCGCAGUCAUAUACUCAUGAAAAGUACAAAUAUUUGCACGACCAUUUGAAGGCUGCUAGUGUUGAUCAAAUUGGUUCACUGCCUGAUAUUGCUAAGGUUCUAACUUCUGUUAGUGUUCCAAUGAGCAUAAAUGAGAUUGCUGUAAGUAGAAUGUGGACUGGCCUAUCCAUCAGUGCUUUACAGCUAGGGUUUUCUUCUUAUUCAGAACUCCCGCAAAUUAAACUGCACUUUAAGGAAGUGUCCAUGGACUUCUUACAUAUUCCGAAGUCUCCCCAGCUGCCACCAUUUUUAUUGAGGAAGCCGUCGAGAAGAAAUAAGGAGUCCCAAGAAGUGCAGCCUGGUGAUGAUCUUUUGGGACCAGUGCUUCCUCUUCCGGUUCUAGUCAAUCUUCGUAAGGUAGAAAAGGAGAUGGGCACAUCAGCUGCAGACAAAAAUGAAGAAAAUGAAUUCCCAUUAACUCACCAAUGCGAUGAGAUCAUGAGAGUGGUCGACAUUAUGGGGUUGCCAGGCUCUUCUGCUGAGUUACUCGACUCCCAUGCUGUUUCUCUUGAUGAUGACAUGGACGAAAGCUCUAGUGUUUUCCAAGAGGUAAAGUCAUUGGUCUUUUGUAAACCAACAUCAUUCACUAGUGAGAACCGCCACUCUGUGGAACAGCCUGUUCCAGAAGAUACCUCUGCGACGUUCAUCAUGAAAGCGAACAAAUCUGGUUUAGAAAUGUUUGAUGAUCUGGGCCCAAUUGAGUUGAAGUUUCAUUCUCCUUCUAGAAACUUUGGGAAGGAGGAGUUGGAGGCACUCAAGUUGUUGAAGAGACGAAUUUCCUCAUGGCAGGGAGAGUAUAAGCCUUAUCAGGCUUUAGUUGGACGUCAAGCGUAAAAGAUGAUAACAAGCAACUCUACACUAUUUAGCUGUAUUAGUGGCACAUUUGUGAAUCAUCCGGUUCUUUCCUGGGUAGACACACCCUAGACCCUCGCUUGUCAUUGAUUUCUUACUAUAUAUAUAUAUAUAUAUAUAUGCUUUUUGAAUGAACAUUAUUCUCAUGGAAUUCAUCUCUCUAAUAGUUUGAUUCGUGGUGGUAUGAUGAGUUCUUUUUUUUUCUUUACAUCUUUGUAUAUGUGGAUGUGUGCCUGAUUCUAGUUGAACCAUGUGUGGUUCACUCUUGGAAUUUUUUUCUUUGAUUAUUUUGGUUUCUCUGUGGAAGGAUGACAUAUUUUAUCAGCAGAUGAUGAAAUAGAUUUCAUAUCAUUUCGUCAAUGCUAUGGUCCUUGCAGAAGGAUAACAACAUGUUCUAAAUGCCACCAUUUUUAAUAUACUUUACCUGAUUAUCCCUUUUA